ACCCAGGGCGCGGGUGUCUGUUUCCGGGUUAGAGGUCACGCGCUGAGUUCCUCGGUCGCCAUGGCGAGCGGCGCAGCCAAUUUAAACGCGGUGAGAGAGACGAUGGACGUUCUGCUUGAGAUUUCAAGAAUAUUAAACACUGGUUUGGAUAUGGAAACUUUGUCUAUUUGUGUGCGGUUGUGUGAGCAAGGUAUAAAUCCAGAGGCCUUAUCCUCAGUAAUUAAAGAGCUACGCAAGGCUACAGAAGCGCUAAAGGCUGCUGAAAAUAUGACAAGUUGACUUCAUGGGAGAAGAUAUCUCGAUGAGAUAAAUGUCGAGCUAGCAAAGGGUUUGAAGACUGGCUGCUAUUCAGAAAUAUAGAAUGAAGUUAUUGUAUGUUCAAGUUUCCAAACAUUUAUGUAAUCUUCUUUAAAAGAAAAGGAUGAGAUGUAAAAGUGUAAAGCUUUAUAGAAAAGUGAAAAAAGGCAUAUUGAUGGAAUUAUCUAAUAAUUAUUCAUUGCUUACUUUUUUCCUUUUUUUUUAAUAGACUGUAGUACUUUGGAAAUAGCAUGAUGAUUAUAUGUAUUCCUUAUAAACCUGAGCUUCGUUUUAUGACCAGUCUGUCAAAUAUUGCACGUUCACUGAAUCUACCUAAAAGUUUAGUGAAACUUAAUCCCUCUGAUAUUGUAGAUAUUGUUGAGAGUUUUAUUAUAAACUCUUAAUUUUGGACAGUUUAUGCAUAAUAGAUUGAUUAGUUUAUUUUCUUCUGGUAUGAAACUUGGCAUUCAACUUCAGAUGCAAUCUUUUAUGAACAAGCCAUCAUUUAAAUCCGUUCUAGGUUUUGUUUUUAAUCAGAGAGCAGGCAAAAAUAGUGAGAGUUUGCUUGCUUCUUAAAAAACCUUAGUUUUGAAAUCUUAAACUUGUUAUCAUUUUGAUAGUUUGUUUUUUUCAGAACUAAAUAAUGCUUAUUAAAAAAAAUUUUUUUCUAACAAGCUAACCUAAGUCUGCAAGCAGUUACCGUACAUCUUUUAUGCAUUAUAUGCAAUAUCCUAUUGACUUCAGUAGUGCUUUAAUUAGGUUUAUAUCCUGUCCAUUACAGAUCACAAAAAUUCUAAUGGAAUAUUUGCUAUCUUUGUCCUAGUCAAAGUAUAGACCAGAGAUGUCAAACUGAUUUGGAAAGAGCCAAAUUCCAUUUUUAAUUAUUGUAGUGAGUUUGGGUAUAAGCGUAUUUACUCCCCUCAAUUGACAGUGGAAUAUCCACUGAUGUCUAAAAUGUUUGCGUAGAAAUCAGUGGUAGAACAUUCAGUAACUACAUUUUUUGUUUUCAUUUUAGUGUUCAUUAUCACUCAAAGGGAAAAUAUACUCACAGUUAGGAGAAUUGCUAUUUCUCUCCUUUUGUUUCUGUCUCUAUCCUCCUUUCUUAUUUCCUUCCUUCCUUCCUGUUUCUCUCUGUCUCCGCUUCAAUAAUUCCUGCCCCUUCCCCAUUUUAUCUAUUGAAAUAAUUAGUGCUGAUGAAUAGUUGUCAUUACUGAGUUUAAAGUAGUGAUGGGCCUCAUGUGGGUCGCAGGUUGCCCACCACUGGUUUAAAGUCACUCCAACACAGAUUAAUAGGAAGCAGAGAUCACACUUCUGAUUUAUUGUUUCAGGUGGUCUACAGACUCAAGAAGAUAACACUAUAUUGACUUACAUUUGGAAAACUAUCUUUGCAGCCUGGAGACAGAAAAACCUUUUGAUUUUUUUAAAAUGGAAUCUUAGAUUGUGUUGUAAUCUGAGUAGGACAUGAGGACCACAGAAAUUCAUCAAGCAGGCCUAAUGGUUGACACCCCUAUUAUAGACAAUAUGUAAAAUAUGAAUUCAUUUUAAUAGUGAUUUGCAGCGUUUUAUGUUUAUUUUGUUACCUGGUAACGUGAUCUUUUUGGUUUGCUGUUUUACAUAUAUGAAAUAAAAUACUUUAGUAUCAAACCUGGGAAAUUUAACUCUAAUGAUGUAUGCUAAUUAUCAUGGUACAUUAGUGGCACCAUAGUGAAAGUUGACACAAAGUUCAUUUUAAUUAAUUAGUGCUUUUUUGACUUGAAUAUUUGUGGGGGAGAAUAAUGAAAAUUUUAAAUGUGAACAUGUUUGAAUUGUUUAAAGUAUUUUCAGUUCCCAAGGUAAAACUGUACUUUCAAAACACAGUUGUUCAUAUUUUUACAGUGUCUUGGGUUUUUUGUAAUGUUUUUGGCGAUGAGUGGCAAGAAGAAAGUUUAAAAAUAAAAUACAAUGCAGAGUUGAAUAUGGGGGGGGGAAGGGGCACAGAAAAUUAACAGUUAACUAGUUUGCGUUAUUGAGUGGUGUCAGAUCAGUUUGCCAACCGUAUAGCAAAAAUGACAAAAGAUUGAAGAGCAUGCUGAUAAUGUUGAUUUGCCCAUCUCUUCAUGUUUUCCUGUCUAGUUUCCUAACCAUAGAUCCUGGGGAGGGGCCAUCUUCCCUGAGGACACACCGAUUUUUGUUCCAUUUACAAAGAGUGGGAUAUAGUGGCACUACCUAGGGGCAGCCUCACUUCCUCUAGCAAAAGCUCUAGGGAGGUGCCAGCUAUUGCUGAGAUCCAUCUGUGGCUUCAUUCCUUUUGGAUACUUGCAUCAAAGGCCACAUUUAGGGCUGUCUGGGUAUGCUCUUGGUGACUAUAGUUGAGUAAAGCAGAUUUGUAGGGCAGUGGACCAUGUGUUUUUCGGUCCGUGGUUGUGAACAGAACUUUACUCCUAUAUUUUCUGCUUUUUGUGAGUUUGGCAUUAUUGUCCCUGAGAGACCCUAAGCAGUUUUCAAAAUGUUUGUUUGAAGAUACUAUUAUACAAUAAAUGUUCAAAAUUUCAA